AUGUCAACUCUUGUGACCUAUCUGGUAAUCCUGACGGCAAGAUGGAUUGAAAUUGCGCUGCAGCGAGCCCGCGACCAGCCAUCCUCCCAGCCAGACCAUCAAGCCUGCGGACAUGAUCACGAUCUCCCCAUUCGGUGUCCCUAUCGACCGUCUGCGAAGAACCAUGUCCUCUCCCAGGUCCGCAAGGGCGCGAACUACAUCUUUGUCGACGCCAGCCUCAUUGCGACCUGGUACAAUGAGUGGAAGUUAAUCGUUAAUACAAGGGACGCUCACAUCCGCGAUAUGGUUUUCGUUCUAGGAUACCGGGAUUCCUACCGGAGUCUCCCGACGUAA